GACAGGAAGGAAGGUGGAGGUGGCCCUGCACAGGAAGAGAUGCACACCAAGCUGCAGCAGCCGCUGGUGGCCAUGGGGACGAAAGCCGGGGCUACAUCACCUGUGGGCCCACAGGGUCAGCAUGGUGUUGCUGAUCUCUCAGACCAGGCUGCACACUGGCACUGAACAGACCAGAGGACGGGCUCGCUGGCCUGCAGAGACCGGGCAUCCCUACCAAGAGUUCAGGAUACGGCCCCGCCAGGCCCCUACCCUGGACAUCCCUAGAGCAGCCUCGAGGCCCUGAAGAACUAUGGGCAAGGGAUGGCCAGCCCCGGCCCCCUGAGCCCCCAGCCCCGCUGGAGGGGCAGCUCCUGUGGCUAGAUGUCCUGCCUGCUGCAUGCCAGGAAACUCUAGGACAACUGGAUGAGGAAGUCACCACACAGGCGCUUGAGAACCAGCUCCCCUGCCCUCUGACUCCUCUACCAACCUCAUCACCAUUUCCAGGCUACCGAUGAGGACACCGUAGCUCAGAGAGCCUCAGCAGCCUGCCUGGUGUCACACGGCAGCUCCUGGCGGAGGCCCCAGACUGCAUGCAGAAGCAGGAGGUUUGGGCGUGGGGAGAGGCCGGCGCAGGACGCGGCAGUGGCUCCCCGGCUGAGCAGCUGAAAACCCUAAUGGACCUGCUGGCGCGGAAGGGCAGUCAAGGGACUCAGGCCCCGCAGGCCUCCGACAGGAUGCUGGAACCCCCUCUGGAGCCCCCCAGCAGUGAUUACAGGAUCCGCCGGCACCAGGAGGUUCUGCUGAGCCGGCUGGGAGGUGGCCUGGAGCUGGGGGGCCCCCCGCCCAGGCUAGCCAGCCUCCUGCUGGUGGAAGGCCUGACGGACCUGCAGCUGCGGGAACAUGACUUCACGCAGGUGGAGGCCACGCGUGGGGCCAGGCGCACUGCCAGGACUAUCACCCUGGGAGGGCUCUUCCUGCCUCUCUCCCGCGUUUCUGUCCCACCCCGCGUCUCCAUCACAGUCGGGGUGGCAGGCGUGGGCAAGACCACACUGGUGAGGCACUUCGUCUGCCUCUGGGCCCGGGGGCAGCUCGCCAAGGACUUUUCGCUGGUGUUGCCACUGACCUUCCGGGAGCUCAACACCCAUGAGAAGGUGUCGGCUGACAGGCUUAUCUGCUCUGCCUUCCCGCAUGUGGGGGAGCCGAGCCUGGCAGCAGGAGCCCCAGCCAGGGUCCUCCUGAUUCUGGAUGGUCUGGACGAAUGUAAGACACCUCUGGACUUCUCCAACACUGUGGCCUGCACAGACCCCAAGAAGGAGAUCCAGGUGGACAACCUCAUCACCAACAUCAUCCGGGGAAAUCUCUUUCCAGAAGUUUCCGUCUGGGUUACCUCCCGCCCCAGCACAGCUGGCCAGAUCCCGGGGGGCCUGGUGGAUCGCAUAACAGAGAUCCGGGGCUUUAACCAGGAGGAGGUCAAGGCGUGUUUGGAGCGGAUGUUCGCAGAAGACCGGAGCCUCACAGGCUGGGUCCUGGCCCAGGUGCAUGCCGACAGGGCUCUCUACCUGAUGUGCACCAUCCCCGCCUUCUGCCGGCUUGCAGGGUUGGCGCUGGGCCACAUGUACCGCCACAGGCGAGGGACCUUGGACACUGAGCUCUCACCCCCGAGGACCCUGAGCGAGAUCUACUCCUGGUAUUUCAGGAUGGCGCUCGGUAGGGAGGGGCAGGACAAGAGCAAGGUGAGCCCACACAUCGAGCAGGUGGCCCACGGGGGCCGUAGGAUGGCAGGGACUCUGGGCCGGCUGGCCUUCCACGGGCUGGUCAGGAAGAAGUAUGUGUUUUACGAGCAGGACCUGAAGGCCUUCGGGGUGGACGUGGCCCUGCUGCAGAGUGCCCUGUGCGGCUGCUUCCUGCAGCAGGAGGAGACACUGGGCUCCUCUGCCGUCUACUGUUUCUCUCACCUGUCCCUGCAGGAGUUUGUGGCUGCUGCAUACUACUAUGGUGCAUCCAAGAGGGCCAUCUUUGACCUCUUCACAGACAGUGGCGUGUCCUGGCCCCGGCUCGGCUUCCUCACCCACUUCCGGAGCGCAGUGCAGAGGGCCAUGCAGGCUGAGGAUGGCAGGCUGGACGUGUUCCUGCGCUUCCUCUCGGGCCUUCUGUCCCCCAGGGUCAACGCCCUGCUGAUGGGCUCCUUGCUAGCCCCGGGCGAGCACCAGGGCUACCGGGCACAGGCGGCCAGAAUCCUGCAGGGCUGCCUGGCCCCCGAGGUGGCUGUCAGUGCCCGGGCUGUCAACGUCCUGCGCUGCCUGCAUGAGCUGCAGCACACGGAGCUGGCCCGCAGCAUGGAGGAGGCCAUGGAGUGCGGGGGCCUGGCCAUUCUGACCAGUCCUCCACACCGUGCUGCCUUGGCCUACCUGCUGCAGGUGUCGGACACCUGCGCCCAGGAGGCUAACCUGUCCCUGUGCCUCGACCAGGUCGUCCUCCAGAGCCUGCUGCCCCAGCUGCUCUACUGCCAGAGCCUCAGGCUGGACACCAACCAGUUCCAGGACCCCGUGAUGGAGUUGCUGGGCAGUGUGCUGAGCGGGAAGGACUGUCGCAUUCAGAAGAUCAGCUUGGCUGAGAACCAGAUUAGCAACAAAGGGGCCAAAGCUCUGGCCAGGUCCCUCCUGGUCAACAGAAGUCUGACCGCUCUGGACCUCCGAGGUAACUCCAUUGGGCCUCAAGGGGCCAAGGCCUUGGCAGAUGCUCUGAAGAUUAACCGGACUCUGGCUUCUCUGAGCCUCCAGAGCAACGCGAUCAAGGACGAUGGUGCUGGGUCCAUAGCUGAGGCCUUAGCCUCCAACCGGACCCUCUGCAUGCUGUGCUUGCAGAAGAACACCAUUGGGCCUGUGGGAGCCCAGCGGAUGGCAGAUGCCCUGAAGCAGAACAGAAGUCUGAAGGAGCUCAUAUUCUCCAGUAACAGCAUUAGUGACAGAGGUGCCAAGGCCUUGGCUGAGGCCCUGAAGGUGAAUCAGGGCCUAGAGAGCCUGGACCUGCAGAGCAGUUCCAUCAGCGACACGGGGGCGGCUGCCCUGACAGGGGCCCUCUGCACCAACCAGGCCCUCCUCAGCCUCAACCUCCGAGAAAACUCCAUCAGUCCAGAGGGAGCCCAGGCUCUCGCCCGUGCCCUCUGUACCAACAGCACCCUGAAGAACCUGGACCUGACGGCCAACCUCCUCCACGACCGGGGUGCCCAGGCCAUCGCAGGGGCAGUGAGAGAAAACCGCGCACUCACCUCCCUUCACCUGCAGUGGAACUUCCUCCAGGCCAGUGCGGCCGAGGCCCUGGGACACGCACUACAGCUCAACAGGAGCCUGGUCAGCUUAGAUUUACAGGAGAAUGCCAUCGGGGACGAAGGAGCUUCUGCAGUGGCCAGGGCGCUGAAGGCAAACACGGCCCUCACUGCUCUCUACCUCCAGGUGGCCUCCAUCGGUGCCCCAGGGGCCCAGGCGCUGGGGGAGGCCCUGGCUGUGAACAGAACCUUGGAGGUUCUUGAUUUACGAGGAAACGCCAUCGGGGUGGCUGGGGCCAAAGCCCUGGCCAAUGCUCUGAAGUCUUCAAGAGAAUUCUCUGGGGAUGGAUGGGGCGGUAUGCAUCGCCACUGCACUAUCUGGAAACCAUGGGCUCCAGCACAUCAAUCUCCAGGGAAAUCACAUAGGGGAAUCUGGCACCAGGAUGAUCUCAGAGGCUGUCAGGACAAAUGCUCCCACGUGCACUGUCGAAAUGUGAGCAGAAGCCGUUCUUGGUGGACCAGGCAGAAGGACAGGCAGUGACUCUGCUGGAUGUUUUUGAACAGAAAACUUUUUGGGAGUGCCUUCCUGCAAUCUGGGAAGGUUGCUGACCCAGCAUGAGACCUGGUCCCUUGCAAGGAGGAAGGAAAGGUGCUACCAGAAGAGGCCACAGGCAUCUCUCCUGAUCAAGGUCAGCACAGGCAGCCACUGGAUUGUACUCCACACAUGCACAGAGAAGGGAAUGGGGUGCUACCGAAGGACCUGAAAGCACAGCAAUGUAAAAGGGACAGGAAUUACUGUUGUUCCAAAAUGUGUCCUUAAAAAUGAGUAGUCAGUGCCCUGACAGGGAACACAACAGAGAACUCCUGAGGCAGCAGGAGAGCAGUGGGAUGCAGACCCCAAAUUCUCAUAAAAAGACCAGACUUAAUGGUCUGAGACUGGAAGGACCCUGGUGGUCAUGGCCCCCAGAAUCUCUGUUGGCCCAGGACAGGAACCAUUCCUGAAGCCAACUCUUUAGACAUGGAUUGGACUGGACAAUGGGUUGGAGAGGGAUGCUGGUGAGGAGUGAGCUUCUUGGAUCAGGUGGACACUUGAGACUAUGCUGCCAUCUCCUGCCUGGAAGGGAGAUGAGAGGGUAAGGGGGUUAGAAGCUGGCAAAAUGGACACAAAAAGAGAGAGUGGAGGGAGACAGUGGGCUGUCUCAUUAGGUGGAGAGUAAUUGAGAGUAUGUAGCAAGGUGUAUCUAAGUUUUUGUGUGAGAGACUGACUUGAUUUGUAAACUUUUACUUAAAGAACAAUUAAAAUUAUUUUAAAAAACUAAAAAAAAAAAAAAAAUGAGUAGUCAGGCUGAGAAUCAUGAAUGGAAUGGAAA